AUGUUUCCUCUCAUUCCCAAUAUACCAACAUCAGUGUCCUCAGUGUUCUCAGCCUAUGCCUCCUUUACUGCACUCAUGAUGUUGGUCCGAACUGUUGUUAAAGAACUCAAAGAUCUCAUCCCCCUCCAGGUUCGAUCAUACAUAUGCUCCAAGCUUGACUACUACUUCUCUACUCAUCGCCCUGAUGAUCUAACUCUUGUCAUCAACAAGAACUCUGGUAUGGAGCGUAAUGAGGUCUAUGACAAGGUGGAGGUCUACCUUGGAGCCAAGAUUAGUCCCUCCAACAAGCGUCUGGUACUGAGCAAGACGAAUCAACAGAAGACUGUCACCCUAGCCAUUGAGAAAAGAGGCCAAGUUGUCACUGAUACCUUUGAUGACAUUGAUCUCCAGUGGAGUUACGUGGCCAAACCUAAAAAGUCCAAAUCCAAGCAGAGCUCUGCUGGAGAUGAUGAAGAAGAAGAAGAAUGGAGCUUCGAGCUCAUGUUUAAUGACAAACACAAAGCCAAAGUGAUAGAUUCCUACAUUCCCUAUGUGUUUACUCAGGCUGAAUCCAUUAAACAAGGGGAGAAGGCUCCAAAGCUACAUUGCGCUGGUAGGGAAAAUUAUGGGUCUUUUAGAAGUUGCAUAGAUCUUGUACACCCUGCAACUUUUGAGACAAUAGCAAUGGAUCCAGAAGUUAAAAACAUGAUUAUAGCUGACUUGGAUAUGUUCGUGAAGAGGCGGGAAUUGUAUAAGAAAGUUGGGAAGGCUUGGAAAAGAGGUUAUUUGUUAUAUGGUCCACCUGGUACCGGAAAAUCUAGCUUGAUUGCGGCCAUGGCUAAUUAUCUCCAGUUUGAUAUAUAUGAUCUAGAGCUUUCUGGUAUUCACGACAACUCUGCUUUGAGAAGGGUGUUAUUGUCUACCACCAAUCGUUCUAUUCUGGUUGUUGAGGACAUUGAUUGUUGUGUGAAAAUCAAAAAUCGGGAAUCAGCUCAGCCAUCCGAACCCUCUAAUGGCCUAGAUUAUAGUCCUACAAGCAAGUUCACACUGUCGGGUCUACUGAACUUCAUAGAUGGUCUGUGGUCAUCGUGCAGCGAUCAGAGAAUAAUUGUGUUCACCACCAAUCACAAGGAGAAAAUAGACCCUGCAUUGCUGCGUCCAGGUCGAAUGGAUGUGCACAUUCACUUGUCAUAUUGUACUCCAAGUGGGUUCAGAACCUUAGCCUCUAACUACCUUGGCAUUCAUGAAACCAACACUCAUCACCUCUGUGGAGAGAUUGAAGACUUAAUAGAGAGUGCAGAGGUCACCCCUGCAGUUGUAGCCAAGGAGCUCAUGAAGAGUGAUGAUGCAGAUGUUGUUCUUGAAGGACUUGUGAAAUUCCUCAAAGAAAUGAAGGCCGCGAAUGAUGUAGAGAAGUUUAAAAAGGCCACAAAAGCGGAUGAAGAAGGGUCUAAGAAAGCAGAGAAGCAGGAAAGGGAGGAGGAUGCAAACAAAAACUGCUAG